ACCAGUCAGCAGGUGCCCGAAAGAAAAUAUGUAAAUGAGACAGGUGGCGCUCUUCAAGUUUCAAAGACAGCCAUGAUGGACAGGUUAUGGCUAACCUGUUCCAUUUUAGUAGUAUUAAUAGGCUUAUUUCGAACAGGAGAAGCUGUAGAAUGUUAUCAAUGUGACAGUAAUGAAGACGGUAUUCAGUGUCCUGCUGAUGAAAGAUUUGACACCUAUAUAAAUGCUCCUGUAGAUUGUAACGGGUUUGAGGCUCAUACACCUGGCCAGUUUUGUAUGAAAAUAACACAAGAAAGUCCUGGCUGGCGAGGAUGGAAAAAAGUGACAAGAAGAUGUGGUUCAAGGACAGACUCAGGUGUGGCCUGGGGAUGUCUGUGGUCAUGGGACACAGUGGGUGUGUUUAGAGAGAUCUGCUACUGUGAAUCAAAUAAAUGCAAUAGUGCUGCUGGAUUACAUCUUAGUCUUUUGUCGGCCAUGUUUGUUGUUAUUACUGCAUAUCUUGUCAAAUUCUUAUAAUCCAAAAUCUUUUUUGAAGUGUCUGCAUAUAGUUCAUUUGUAUAAAGUAGGAACAUCACACAUUAAUUUAGAAAUUUGUAUAUAGAGUAAGGAAUAAUUGUAUUAGUUAUGUCAAAAUAAAGUAAUUACUGUAUACACAAUUCACAAGCAAUAUAAGAAAUUGUCAAGAGUAGAACAAUAAAUAUCAAAGAAUGCUUCAGGUGUGUGUUGAGUUGUAGAUUCAUUUUAUUAUAUCAUUUCAAUUAUUUAAGCUUUUAAUCCAGCAUUUAUAUUACAUACCUGGGGUAGAAGUUGAGGAAUUAAUGAUAAAAGUACAUCAUUUAAAAAGUCAAUACAUUAGAGUGCUCCUCGUUUGUUUAUGUAUGACUAAUAAAAACAGUAUAUUUUCUUAACUUUUUCGCUAUACAUGUUUCUUUCUCAUUUAAGUCAUAUAGCAAUUGAUAUAAUGACCAGUCAUUUUACCUCUCUAUUCAAAAAGAAUAUUUGAUCACUUUUCUGAAACGAAAAAUUCAGUAAUAAAUGUUCAACCUCAACUUUUAUCCCAAUGUUCCUGUACAGCUAUAUAUUUUAGUGACACACUUUAGUUGAAUUAGACAAUGUCACUUUGUUCUAUGCAAUUCUGUGUAAAUAUUGGGGUUUGUUUCAGUGCCAUACAUUUUGUUCUAUAAUUUCAUACCAUUAUUUUUUGCUUUUAUUAGUCCUAUUUUUAACCUUUAUCACUCGUCAGUUUUAGUUGUAGUUAAGGCAUAGUGUAGUGCAUGGUAGAGGGCUUAUUGAAAGUACAUGUAUUACCUAUUUACUAUUACGUCAACCAUUUUGAUGUACUUAACUGUUUAAAACACUAAAACCUAUUUUGAAAUGCUGGUUUUAAUUGUUCUAUGUCUUGAUAACGUAAAUUUUCAUUUAAGCACUGUAGAACAAGUAAUGAGAUUCAUCUUCAGUACAUGGCAAAAGUUCUGGGUUCCAUUGAUUUCAAUAAGGUCCACCUAGAAUUUUCUUAUAUUCAAGACAUAUAAGACUUCAAUAACAUAUUUCUAUUUGCUUCUUGUGUGAGUGGGUGUAUGUGAAAAUUGUGUAAUAAAUUGUAUGAAGUUGAAGAUGUAAAUAAAAGUGUUUUAUAUAUAUGUGUUGUCAAAUAGAAAAGAAUCAGUAAUUACAAAACUAUAAAGGUAUUUGUUAUUGAAUGAAGAGAGAAAAAACUUUUAUUAUAAUGUGCUAAACAAAAAUGUUAACAAGCAAAACCAUGUGGUUAGAUAACUGAUAUAAACUAUUGAAUAAUGGUUUCUAUCACAAACAUAACUAACAUUUUUCAUUUAAGAAUGAUGACCUUUUCAUUUUUAAAGUACAGCAAAGGGAAGACAGAUUGCUGUUCAAUUCACUUAAAAUUAUUUAAAAAAAAGUUUUAUUGAUGUUUAAAGAUUUUCAGAAUUUUUUAAACAUAAGCAAGACAAAUUUGGAAAAACAGAAUUCUUAAGUAUAAGGAAAAAAUGUGAUGCUUUUAGCAUUUUAUAGAUGAUCAAUUACCUGAGGCAACUUAAAUAAACAACUUAGACGAACUAGCUUCUGUCUAUUUAUGUAGAACUAUGUAUUUAUAUAGCUCAUAGAUCAGAACAACGAUGAACUUGAAUAAUAUUAAAAUUGAAAUUUUGCAAAACUAAAAGGUGACUCCAGGGGAAUUGACUCUGUACUGUACCAAAACUACUGAAUUUAUAUUUUUAUCAAGUUUUGAAAGAUAUUCUAUAUACAUACAUAUUAUAAUGUAUAACUUGUUAAAAACUACAUUCUUUUUAUGUUUACUACCAAAUGGUGCUAUUUCAGUAAUGGUUUAUUUUGAAAGAAAAAUGAUGGACGUUUAAUUAUCCAUCCAGAAAAGCUUAUACAAUGGUCCAGUCCAAACUUUAAUUGAACAAUUUUAUAUUUUGAUAACAUUUUAUAUGUGUGUGUUGAACAUUGUGGUUGUGAUAAAUUUCAACGAUGUCUUAGUAUAGUUUGUGUGAUACAGGGAGGCGUGGAUGCCCCCACCCAUAUCUAACAUAUCAGAUGUAAAUAAUUUUUUAGUAAGAUUGUAUAUUUAGAUAAUUUUAUUGUAUACAUUGUGUAUAAGUAUGUGUGAUUGAUAAAUGAGAGAUUGAUUCCAGAAAAUUUUACAACUCCUACCAUUCCAUUAGUAUGAAAUAUCACAGAUGAUUUUAAAAUUGUUUUACCUCAUGUAACAAAAUUUAUUAUUAUCCUCCAAAGAAAUUUACAAAAGUAUAAGUAUUUAUGACUUAAACAUUCCAUUUCUUUUGAAAACUCUUAGUUCUUUUGUAGGUAAAUAUGCAUAGGUCCCCCUAGAUGCCUUUUGGUUAUUUGUGUUAUUGGGUUGCUGUCUCAUGACAUACACCCCCACAUCUCCUUUUAAACAAAUUGCAAUUUCUAAAAUUGAAAUAUACAGGAUACACUGAUUUUUUUGCUGUUAUCUUGCAAUCAAAAUCAUCAUCUUAAUCAAACAAAAAUCAUGUUUUGUGAGGGAAAAUUUCAACUGCAACAUUUUAAAAGUAAAUUGCAUAAUAAACAUGUAAAAUUGCUAAAUAUAUGAAAUGUAAAAAAUUAAAUUUAAAAUAACCAAGUAAGAUAUCACAUAUAUUUUUCAAUAUUAAUAUUACAUUUUACAAUUGUUCAUAUAAAUUUGAGUCCAUUUUAAGGUUUAAUUGUUAAAUUUAAAUGUAAACAUAUCAUGUACCGGUUGUGAAAACGUAGAAAAUAAGAAGAAAGGUGUUAUAUACCAAUGGCUAAGGCUAUUCUCUAGAAUUGUUUUCCAUUGAUAGCAGAUUUACAUAUCAACCAAUGGCUGAAAGUGUUAGUAAUGUUAACCAUAUCAUAUUGAAGCUUGAUCUUAUACUGUUUUUCUUAUAUACAAUAGAAACUAUUCCCACACUGGUUGUGAUUUUGCUUUCAUUCCUCAAAUGGUUGUGUAAUUAAAGCUAUCAGAUAUAUAUGUAUAGAUAGAUUUAUAAAUUCUUAUAAAAUAAACUUUUGUAGAAAA